AUGGAUAACUCAACACAUUUUACCACUAUUAUAUUGACUGGCUACUUAGAAGUAGGACAGAAUAUCUACAUUUAUUUUGUUCUUUCAAUUGUAUUGUACAUAACGAUCAUAUUAGCAAAUUCAUUACUUAUUGGUAUUAUUUGUGUUGAGAGAUCCCUACAUGAACCCAUGUAUACUUUUCUGUGUUGUUUGUCACUUAAUGAAUUAUAUGGCAGUGCUGCAUUUUUCCCUUUUAUUUUAACCAAUAUAUUAACUGCAUCUCAUGAAGUUAAAAUUGCCUCUUGUUAUGGACAGAUAUUUUGUUUGUACACAUAUGCUUCUGUGGAAUUUGGAAGUUUAGCAGUGAUGGCUUAUGACAGGUAUAUGGCUAUAUGUUAUCCUUUACUAUACAGUACUAUAAUGACUUGUAAUAAGGUAUGCAUACUGAUUGUACUGAUUUGGGUUUUAUCCUUUUUAAAGUUUACGAUAAACAUUUUUUUAAGUUUGCGUUUAGAGUUAUGUGGAAAUGUAAUAGAGAAAGUCUGGUGUGACAAUUAUCUUCUUGUGAAACUUGCUUGCUCUGACACUAAUGCAAAUAACAUUUAUGGUAUAAUUGGUGGCAUAAUCACAAUAAUUUUUCCCUUAUUGCUUAUUUUAUAUUCAUACAUGAAGAUUUUGAGAGUUUGCUUAACAUCCUCUGUAGAGACUCCCAAAAAGUCCCUGAGCACCUGUGCACCACACCUUGUGUCACUCCUAAAUUUCUCUCUUGGCUGUUCAUUUGAGAUUUUUUCAAGUCGAUUUGAUAAGAUACACAUGCCGCCUUUGUUGCGUGUGAUAAUUUCGAUAUAUUUUAUUAUCUGUCCGCCCCUUCUAAAUCCUAUUAUGUAUGGUAUGAGGUUGUCUAAGAUAAAGGCAGCUUUUCAAAAACAUUUAUAUUUGAAGUAG